UUUCACAUCGCCAUUCGAACAGUUCAGACCUAUUCAAAGUAUCUCACAAGUAUUCACAAUCAACGAGGCAAUCCAAUACAAUGUUUGUAGGUUCCCCCCAGAACGGAUAAUCAUCAAUACAAUUAAAAUUCAAUAUCUGUGAGUUUCAGUCAGAAUGGAUCAUGUAAUGACUAACAGUGUAAGCUUGUUAUUUUAUUGGCGGUUAUUUCGUGGUAACCUAAUCGCGGUAACCUAACAAAAUACGCUAAAAAUGCGCACUUUUAAAUACACAUAACAUUUGAACGGAUGGAUUACUAGAAUUAAAAUUUGUAAUUUUGAAUCUUUCUUGUCAAAUACGGUUAGGAUAUAUAAAAAAGUCAGUAAUUUUGUGUACCCUGAGUGAAGUUCAGCCCCUAAACUAUUACCUCUUGGACGGCGAACAAUGGAGAGAGACCCAACUUUAAUUUACUUUUGCAUUUCAUUUUUUACAUUUCACACUGCAUUCUUCUUCAACUCACCGAUUUACAUAUGUUACAAAAGCCAUCAGUAUUCCUUAAAUAAAUUAUAAAAUAUACUAAACUACCAGUUCCUUCCAAUAUGCAUUUUUAAACGUUCUGAAAAGAAUAUGUAUUAUUAAAAAAAUGUUCUCGUCCAAUCAGUUACAGCAACAAUUUUCUGAAAGCGUGAUAAGAGGAGAUAAUUCUAUCACUUCAAUCCGUAAUGAGGAAAUCAUCGAUAAACUAUCGUCACUAUUUAUGACGUGAAUCAUUGUGUCUCGCAUUAUAACGAGGAAAUGGCAAUAACAGUUUCACAUUGCCAUUCAAUCAGUUCAGACCUAUUCAAAGUGUCCCACAAGUGUUUACAAUCAACAAGGCGACCGAAUACAAUAUUUGUGGGUUCCCCCCGGAACGGAUAAUCAUCACUACAAUUCAAAUUCAAUAUCUGUGAGUUUCAGUCAGAAUGGAUCUAGUGACUAACAGUGCAAGAAUGACGGAUGAGAAUGUUCCUAAACUCAAUCAAGCAAUAAUUUUAGAAGUAAAAGAUAACAUUGAUAUUGAAGAAUACCUAAAUGCAGUAGGUAAAAUAAUAAAUCCCAGAGAGAUAAUAUUUGCAUCACAACAAUCUAAGUUCAUCUGUAUAUUCCUAUCAAGCCCGGAAUUAGUAGAUACUCUUGUAUUCGUACACAAUCAAGUUGAUAUUAAAGGCCAUAAGUUAAAAAUUAAAUCUCUUGAAAUUACAAUCAUUGCGUUGGAAAACGUAUUCCCUACAAUUCCUAAUGAUCUAAUUAAACAAAAAUUUCAACAAUAUAAUAUCAAAAUAAGUGAGUUUCGAUGUGGAAUGCUAUAUAACAAAACGCAUCCUAAUUAUUCACAUAUUCGUAACUUCACAAGAUACAUAAUUGUAAAUUCACACGUUCCUGAUCUACCGCCUAUCUUAGAAAUUGUGCAUGGAGGUCGGAGCUAUGCCAUUAAAGUAGCCAUAUUGAAAUUUUGCUCUGCAUGUUACAAAAUAGGCCACAUCGCAACAUACUGCAAUUUUGUCAACUCUAAUCCUGAACAAAAUUCUCAGAAUCUUUCGAUAAAGAUGGAACCUGGCACUUCUGGGCAAAAUUUAAAUGAAGAACAAAACGAAGAGAACACAUAAUGACACAAAGUGAACAAUCCUAUAGAACCUCAUUCGAAUUCUAGAAAUCCACGGAACAUAGUUGCUCAGAAAGAAAUCUACAUAUCCUCCUACUACCGAUCGCUAAAUCACAGUAGUAGAAACAACGGUGCCCGUAACAAGUCCGACAGCACUCAGGCGCCCGCACGGGCAAUUUGAACGUAAGUACUUGCUUCAGAGUUCACAUGGAACGAAAUAUUAGACACAAGGACACUGUACCAGGACAUCAAUUCAAAUAUGGAAUACAGAUUGAAGAAAUGCAAGAUUUAAUUUUACAUACUGACAAUGAGUCAGAAGAAACUCUCUAUGACACCACUUCAGCGCUUCUUAUGAACCGAAAGUAUUGUGCCUUCAUUACCACCAUUAUUUGCAGUAUGUGCAAUAUGAGAAAUUUCAUUAAGUGCAGCAUAGAAAACAACCUCAAAAAUGCGAAAUCGAAAAGUCACAGCAAGAGCGAAUUAAGAUUUCUUGGGCCCUGGGCUAUCAAAUCUUCGACGGCCCUCUUUGUUGAUAAACUUGAUUAAAAAAAAAUAACAAUUUUAGAUAAUAAUGGAAUAAAAUAUAAAAUUAAGAAAACAGAAACAGAAACGCAGAAACCCAAGGAACGUAGAUAGAGAAUCUAUUAUUUAUUUUUAUUAACAUUAAGUUGGAUAACACGAGAAAACGCAUUUACUAAGGCUCAAAUCUUUAAAUAAGUUUUACUCUAGCUCUGGCGAAUUUCAUUUCGCCUGACAACGAGGUAUAUAUUUAAAAAAUAAGCAUCGGUACAAUAAUAAAAUUUGUAUAGAAAACUGUUUCUAUUUAUUAUUUCAAAGUCGUAACAAGGAUAAGUAGUAAGAAAUAUCGGAAACAAGAAUAAAAGAAGAAUGUAAAGGUUAAAUAAAGGUUAAAUUGUAAAAA